GCCACAGUGAGCCCUCCCUCUCGAGUUCUUACUCACUGGAGCACCGCGCGCAGUUGUUCCUGCAGCGCUCGGAACGACAGGGCUGGGGACUGACUCGCGCGCGCUGCCCCUGCGAACCCCCACGCUCCACACCUGGAGGAGUGCGUGACAGCAGGACAUAGAGAAGUUACCAUGACGACAGAGACAGGUCCUGAGGCAGCGGUGAAGAAUGCAGCAGAGGAGCCACCCCAACACAAAGGGGCAGCAGGGAGCAUGCCCAAGUCUGCUUCUGAAGGCAGAAUGGUCAAACAGGACCAAGACGGCAGACGCCCAGAUGAUCGCAAAGAUCCAGAUGACACCUCAGAACGAACGACACCAGGCAAGAGCCCCAAAUCCCCUCAGAAGCCUCCCAAGCGUUCCAAGGCCGGCCACUUCAAAGUGACUCUCCUAGACAACAGUGACUACGAAGCCUACGUUGAGAAGCACUGCAAGGGCCAAGCUCUGAUGGACGUAGUGUGUGAACACCUCAACCUGCUGGAGAAGGACUACUUUGGGCUGACCUUCAGUGAUUCAGAUAGCCAGAAGAACUGGCUGGAUCCCUCCAAGGAGGUCAAGAAGCAGAUAAGAACUUCUCCCUGGCAUUUUUCCUUUGCUGUCAAAUUCUACCCUCCUGAUCCUUCUCUGCUCAUGGAGGACAUCACAAGGUACUACCUCUGUCUGCAGUUGCGAGGGGACAUCCUGUCGGGCCGCCUGCCUUGCUCCUUCGCCACACACGCCCUGCUUGGGUCGUAUACUGUGCAGGCAGAGCUCGGUGACUACGACCAGGAUGAGCACGGCUCCGACUACGUCAACGACUUCCGCUUUGCCCCCAACCAGUCCCGUGAGCUGGAGGAGAGAGUCACAGAGCUCCAUCGCACCUACAGGGGCAUGACACCUGCUGAGGCAGAAAUGAACUUCCUGGAGAAUGCUAAGAAGCUGUCCAUGUACGGCGUCGACUUACAUCACACCAAGGAUUCCGAAGGGAUCGACAUCAUGCUAGGCGUUUGUGCCAAUGGCCUACUGAUCUAUUGCGACCGCCUGCGGAUCAACCGCUUUGCCUGGCCCAAGAUACUCAAGAUCUCCUACAAGAGGAGCAACUUCUACAUCAAGAUCCGGCCAGGAGAGUAUGAGCAGUUUGAGAGCACCAUUGGCUUUAAGCUUCCCAACCACAGAGCUGCAAAGAAACUCUGGAAGGUGUGCAUCGAGCAUCAUACCUUUUUCAGGUUGGUGUCUCCAGAACCUCCCCCCAAGGGCUUCCUGGUGAUGGGCUCUAAGUUCCGUUACAGUGGGCGCACGCAGGCACAAACGCGGCAGGCCAGUGCCCUGAUCGAUCGGCCUGCUCCUCACUUCGAGCGCUCCACCAGCAAGAGAUACCUCUUAUCCCGUAGUCUGGAUGGAGAGUUCUCUCGUCCGCUGUCCACCAUGGGAGAAGCCCCUGAUGCCCUGUCCCAGAGAAGUGAUACACAGGGUCUCCUAGGAGACGAGCAGGAGACAGAGCAAGACCUGAGUGUUGACCAGGACCAGGACCUAGACCAGGACCAAGACCAGGACCAAGACCAGGACCAAGAAGAACACAGUGUCACCACUCCUACUAGGAGGAAAGAGAUUAAGGAGGAUGCCAAGCCGGAGUCGGAAAUGGAGUCCACCCCCCGGCACAAGCAGGAGUUCCUGGAUAAGUCAGAAGACAUGCUGCUGAAGCACCAGGCCAGCAUCAAUGAGCUGAAACGAGCCCUCCGCGAACCCAACAGCAAGCUAGUGAACCGGGAGAAGCGGCUCUCAGGGAGUUCCCCAGGCACCACCCCUGAGAAGAAGGCUGAGGCAGUUGGAGCAAGGGGAAGGCAACCUGUUAACAGCCUUUCUGUGGAGGGCUUCAUCCAGAAGACUAUGGUGACGUCUCCAGAGGGCUCUGAGGAGUGGGUAUUGAUUGAAAAAGAAAACACUUACCAACAAGACUAUGAAAUGGAAGAGAAAGAUAAGAGGAGAGCCCACAUUUCUCCAGCUCCUUUGGUCAUUGGAGCACAAUUGGAAAGAAAGAUGAUACACAUCGAGGUGAUUCGAGAAGACGGUGAAGAAGUCCAAAUGGAGAGUUUUCAAUCCCAAAAGGUAACACCAAAAGAUUGGCCUUCUGAAUCCAAGCAAAGGAAAGACACAGAAAAGAAUAAAGUACCAGAGUCCUCACCUAAACAUCUGACAAUGGAUUCCACUGUGGGCAAAGAACAAACAUCUCCAGAAAAAUCUUCAGAAGAAUCUCCAGAAAAAUCUGCAGAGCCGUCUCCAGGAAAGGCUGCAGAGCCGUCUCCAGAAAAGGCUGCAGAGCCGUCUCCAGAAAAGGCUGCAGAACCGUCUCCUGAAAAGGCUACCAAGGCAUCUCCAGAAAAGGCUGCAGAGCCGUCUCCAGAAAAGGCUGCAGAGCCGUCUCCAGAAAAGGCUGCAGAUCCAUCUCUCGAAAAGGCUGCCAAGGCAUCUCCAGAAAAGGCUGCAGAGCCAGAAAAGGCAGAAAUGUACACUUUCAAGAGAGGGGUGAAAGCGGAACGACAUUCAAGCAAAUCUAGCAGGGAGAGAAGGCCGCAGAGUCUGAAUUUGGGUAUUUCACCAGAUUUUGUGUAUGAGACAAAAUCAGAAGAAUCAAACAUAAAGCUGGAGAGUGAUGAGUCGGAUGAAGACAAUAACACACCAGGGAAAGAGGCGAUGCCAGCCAGCGAGUUCAGCUCAAGAACAGAGAGCUGGAUGGAGCCGAUGCCUGAGAAGAUAAAGGAACAUAUAAACACUGUGUCAGAUGUAGCUCCAGCAGGGCUGCUGAAUGAAGAAAAGGACAAGGAGCUGAACAAAAUCAAUGAAGAUGACGAACAAAAGCCUAUUCAAGAAAAGAGAGUGUUUGAUGAUGCCAAACAUAGAGCACAAGAUCAAGAAAAGAAAGCUUCUGUUGAACAGCAGGAAGCCUCUGACUCGGUCAAUGGUCCGGUCAAAAAUGAGCUUGAGAGAAGGUCCGAGGUCCAGUUUGAGAUUGCAAAAGUCAUCAUGAUCGAUAACCGUGAAAAUAAAACAGAGCCUGAUAAUGACAGCAAGCAGAAAACGGUAUUCCUUCACGAGAAGAAAAUCAGUAACAUUGAACAAGAGAGUGCUGAAGAGGCCACAGGAAGAGCAAGGGCCACAGGACACGGUCGUAGAGAAAUAACAAGGAUCGUCCCAUUGAAAUCUGAGACAGCAAAGAGCCAAAGGUACAGAGAUGACACAGAUAUUGGGGAAGAGUCCGAAGUGGUGAAAAGACAAUUUAAAAGAUACAGCAUGAAUGAAUCCUUAGAGAGGCAGUUUGAUUCAAAUAGAUUUGACUGCAGAGACACAAGCUCCUUGCACAUUUCUUAUACAUUCACCAGAAUCAACAGAGAUCAAGAUGAGUCAGUGUUGUCCACGAUAGAUCACAACAUCCCUGAGCAACAGACAACAAGCCACAGUGAGCACUUCGUAAAAGCAAAGGUUGUUCAGGAUGAGGAAGAACCGAAGCUCUCCAGCAGAGCAGAGUGUGAAGAUCUCCGCCAGUUAGCUGAAGGGACUGUGGAGGCUCUUCCACUCUCAUCCAGGACCCCAGGGCUCCAGAAGAGCGCUCCUCCAGCUCCUCCGGUCAAAAGCAAGAAGGCCAGAGAAUCCGGACUGAUCCUUCGUGCUGCCAGCAGGGAGCCGGCACCGGAAGCCGCUUGGAAAAAACACGGGGAGUCUCUCUCCUCUCCUGCCAUUCAUGAAGAGACACUAGAUGAUGUCAAGCGACGGCCGCCCUCCUCCGGCGAGGACGAGCGGGAGGCGGCCGGGCUCGCGCGGGACGCCUACCUGGGCAUAGAACGCAAAUGCUCCAGCAUGACGGUCAGCUCCACCUCCAGCCUGGAGGCCGAGGCCGACUUCUCUGCUGAGCUGGGAGAGCAGCUGCUGGAGGGCGGAGCCGAGGACCCCGAGGACACCUCUGGGUUCUACCACUCUGCCUGCCCGCUAGGGUCUCACGAGAGGUUGCCCAUGAAGGAACGAGUGCAUGUUGGCAGAGCGCAAGGGGGAGGGGCACAUGAUGAACACAGCCAACAGGAAGUGGAACCUCCACCUGUCGCCAGGAAAGACCCCAGUGCAGUGACCGCCGCCCACCUUUUGAGGAGGGGCGAGUCCCGCGCGGACUCUCAUUCCACUGACUCUGAGGUGGUCCACUCUCCUGUGGACUUCCCGGAUCAGCAGCCCGUGCAGGAGGUGGGUGAAGCUGUGCGGGAGAGAGUUGGCAGUGAUGUCAGCUUCGAGGAGAUGCUGGUCUCCGGCAAUGAUGUCAUCCGGCCCCUGCAGGGAGAUCUGUUUCAGAGGGAGAGCAGACUGGGCGAAGCUAAAGAGAACGGCUCCCCUGUGAGAACAGGCAGCGUGGGCAGAGUCUCUCUUAUAUCCCCCCUCACCGUCACCAGUGAAAACGUUACCUCAGCAACAACAACUCAAGUCACCAAGACAGUUAAAGGGGGAUACUCAGAAACCAGGAUCGAGAAAAGGAUCGUCAUUACUGGAGAUGACGCUGUAGACCAGCAUCAGGCUCUAGCCAUCGCAAUACAGGAAGCCAAACAGCAACAUCCCGACAUGCUCGUUACAAAAGCAGUGGUCGUCAGGGAAACAGAGUCUUCGGCCGAGGAGAAACACAGGAUGUCCGAGUCCUGAUUGCAGAUGGACGUCUUAAAUCAGAGUGAGGAGAGAAGUCUGACCUUCAGUGGCCUCUUUAUCCACCCAGCUGAGAGGCUAACCUAUGCUACUGAACAGUACAUACAACACACACCCGACCUGUGUCCAGCAUCCCCAUCAAGUACAUACAACACACACCAAUCCUGCAUCCAGCAAGUCCCUUCAGAGUGUCUCCUAGCACCUUCUCUGCCCCACCAGACCAGCGUGACCCUUCACACUGUGUUCACGGAAGACCUCCCCAGUGCACUCGCUCUAAAUCGGCCAUCGAAAUCACACUCACUGCUGCACAUGUUGCCUAGCUAAUUCUACUCACAUUGCCACUAGAGUCACCUGCCUUGGUCUUCACCGCCGUUCUGCCCCUGAACAAUAUAAAUGGUGACAAAGAUUAAGGCCUUGUUGACCGUGUAUCUCAGCAACUCCAGAACGUGAGCUCUGGAAGUGGCUGAUGGUCAGAGGUCACGUGUCUGUCUCGUGCGCAAGGCCUCGUCCUGCGGCGUCAGCACAAGAGCCGGUUGCGUUUCAAAUCCGUUUGGACGUCCACUCCGAGAGUACGAUGGUUCGUCUCGUAACCCUACGGAGGGUGGAGGAUGGUGGGUGUAGCUAGCAGGAGAGGGGAGGCAGGCGGAGGCAGACAGCUUCUCCCUGAGCCCUGGGACAACAUGCCAUAUACUCAACUGCUCUCUUUGCAGCUUUGUAAAGAUUUUUAAAACGAUAGUUAACAAAAGUCAAGUGUUUGCCUGUUAAUUACAAUUAAGUAUAUUUAUCAACUAUUACAUACAUAUGCAUGAUUGGCAUAGCUGGUGAGGGGUGGUAAAGCUGUAGUGCAUCAAGUGUUUUAUGAGUUAUGUUGAACUGGCAGCAUUAGCUGAGAAAUUUACCCAAGAACAUCUCAUCAUAUUAACCGGCAGUAAUGUGGAUACCUUUUCAAAGUGGAUUAUAUCAGCUCCGUUUCCACUACACAUGCUGAGAUGUUAACCGCGUCCGCACAUUGUGCCUAGCAAGCGUCACUAUGUUUUAAGAUUGUUUUUUCCAUCUGCUUCUUGAGAAUUAAUAGAGGCCUGUGUAGUCUCCAGUUUGACCUGCACUCUCCCCCCACUAAUAUUCUACUGCAGUUAGUUUAAUGCAGACCACAUAAAUACUGGUUACAAGAGGGUUUAGAAAAAAAAAGUAAUAUAAAUGUUUUAUCUAAAGUUGUUUCCAUUUGAGAGUUUUUAUUACUGUUUGUUUUGAGCUAUAUUUUAAGUUAUGCUGUAUGGGUUCGAUACAAUGUAUUUAUAAUGAUCUUAAUUGUGAAUGUAAGUUCUGGGUUUUUCCCUCUCCCAAAUAUCUCCCUAUUUCUGUUUUAUUUCGAAGCCUUUUGUGAGGAUUAGACAGUGGCUUACCCUUUCAGAUGAAGCUGUCUUAAAGUCUUAAAGCUUACAAGCCAAACCCUGUAUGUGCAGAUACUGUGUACACACACACACACACACACACUGCUCCAAAUGAUCAAAAUUACAUAUUAAAUACAUGUAAAAAUACCGUCCAAUACAGACUCUACCAAAUGACACUGUCACUACACAUUGUAGUUUAAGGCAUGAAUAUAAAAAAGUAAAUGACUCCUCCCUUAAACCAAACUAAUUGAUCUAUUGAUGAAAUACUUUAGUCAACACACUUGACAGGUACCCAGUAAAAACACACUUAUGCAUUUUAAGGCCGAACUACUUGCUAUGGCUUUGUCUCUGCUUGCUGCUUCUGGCUCACUACCGCCCCCUAGGAGAUGGGAAGACCCUUUGGGUGUGUCUGAUCAAAUGUUCGAGUUGCGUCUGUGAAAAUGCUGUUAUGUAAUCUUUUUUUUUUUUUUUUGAGUCUGUCAACACUGGAGUCUCCAAUUACAAUUAAAGCUUUUGGUUGUUGGGAUGAGGUUUUUUUUAUAGAAAUGUUGCAAGCUUCCACAGUCUAGUACUGAAUACACUUUUGAAAAAACUUUUUUUUUUUUUUGGUUUGCCUACUUUAAACCUUUUAUCUACUUGUUUUGGUGUGGUAAAGAGAGGAAUGCUUUAGUUGCAUAAAUGUAAGAAUACUCAUAAUUUACUCUAAAGCAAAAAUGGCAAAUGUGCAAUCUAGUUAAAAUAUGUAAAUGAAAUUUACAUGUAAUGUGAAUUACAUGUACAUGUAAAUAUCGUCAUAGCGACUCCACAUGCAAGGACUAUUACAGUGCGAAACGGGAGGGACCGUCAUACCAAUAUUGGGUGCCUUACUGUCAGCCACUGCCACUUAAGGCAGUGGACAAAUGGUGUUGCAUGUGAUCCACUUAAACAAUGGCGACGCAGAGGGCCACGUUGCACCGGAGUAAGGCAAAGUGCCUUGUAUAUACUUGCACAGAGAUUUUCUUCCGUUCUUCAUCGUGGCCCAUAAUGCAAAGUGGCGGAGAAAGGCGUCCGGUGGGAAACUUCCGAGAUGGUCUAACCUGGUCCCCUGCCCAUUGUCCCCGUACGGGUGUGCAGCAGUCUGUCCAGCCGAGCGCGGACAGCGCCCGAUUCCGGCCCCCGCUCCACAGGAGGGCGGCUGUGCUCCGGCUCCUGACGCCCCGUGCAUGGCGUGAAGCAUUAGCCUUCCUCGUGCCACCGUCCUGCCCCUUCACACACGCAACGCUCUCACGGUCACCUAGUGCUCAGUGGUGUGUGGUUUGUUUUGGGGUUGUUUUUUUGUGUUUUUUUUGCUGUGUUUGCAUUCGAUCUAAAUGGAAUACAUGAAUAUGUCAAUAAAUGUCUAAAUCCAUA